AUGAUUAAGGACAGACAUUAGCACUCAUCAAAUGGUAACUUGUACAUUUCAGUAGACUAUGAGGUUGGUAAGAUUAAAACUACUCUGAGGACCUGAGGAAGAAGACAAAAACAAUCUGAUUUGCUCAGUGAUUUUCUUACUCAGCAGAUGGAGUUUUCCCAGUUGUCAUAGAAAUGUUCAAUUUUCUUAAAAUAAAUCUGACCGUUCAGGUCUUAAUUCUUAAUAUUGGACUACCUAUGUAAGGUCUAGUGAAACUACAGGCUUUCUUCAGGAAAUUCAUGAUAUGAGUAAAUUUGUUUCAGCUAACAUUGUACUUUUAAUAUCAGGUUGAGCGGCAGGGGUUGGUGAAUUGAUGUCAGCUCCUGUAUCACGUGACCAAGGAAACGGCAUCAAAAUGUAAUUCUCCCGGAAGUUACCCAUGCGACUUCGAUGCGCACCGGCUCCAUAGAACAGAAACAUCGCAUUAUGGCCUCGCUCUGAGCCUCCUGAUGCGACAGUUGUGUACAUACCUAACCGGCAAUCCGUCACCAUCGACGCCUUGAUCAUGGACCUCCGGUCCAGAGGCUUUUUUCGGGGCCAUCGGAGUUGUCAUUAGUACUCCCGAAGUACUAUAUUAUUUGAUUUUGAGCACUGUCACUUUUGCACGCCCGGGGAUUUAAACCGAAGUGACAGUAGUAGCACUCACCCCAUCUGCCGGUCAGCUAGCUAGCUCGCUAAGUCAAUAGCCAAGAAGGGCAUCACUUUUCUUUUGGAGUAAAGGACAAGGAAACUACGGCACCACUACUUUCAGUAACAGAAGACUGUGCAGAGGCUGAUUCCCCGAGUCCCCAACAUACUCAGUAUUGAUUCCUGAAAGGCUGGCAACACAAGGCCACCCUAAUGCAGAACCAUAAAAGAACGUGAAAUGAACAAACCACCACAGCCUAUAACGGGACCUACGUCUGUCCCAAACCCUUCCCCUUCCCCUGGAUUGACACAGGCCGCCUAUGGUCCUGGACAGCCCCCAUCUCUUGUUUUUGCCACCCCUCCACCUCCACAAAUGAACUCUGCACCACAGCCAAGACAGUUUGCUGCAGGCCCCCGUACUUUACACCAACAGAGCUACUAUCAGAACCGACCAGCCAUGGCCACCAGUGCUCCGAGGGUACAGACGAGUAGUGGCCCACGAGCUGUCGGACCUACUCACGUCUACCCGCCCAACUCCCAGAUGAUGAUGAUAUCCCAGCAGCAGCUGUCUUUUGCUGGUUCCCCUCAGGGCUACUUCAUCCCCCCUGGACAGUACCGGACCCCAUAUAUGCCUCCUACUCAGCAGUAUCCUGUGACUAGCGGUACAGCAGGCUUCUAUCCGGGAACAAGCCCUGCUGAAUACCCUGCGUAUGCAGGAGCAUACUAUCCAGCUCAGCCGCAGUACUCUCCGUCUGUCCAGCCGGCACCAGUCAUGAUCAACCCCGCCCAGCAACAGCCGCAAGCUCCGCCUCCUCAGCAACCACCGGCACAAGCACAAGGGCCACCAAAGAGGGAACGCAAACCGGUAAUAAGGAUACGAGACCCCAACCAGGGCGGGCGUGAUAUCACAGAGGAGAUCAUGUCAGGUGGAAGGUCCACCACCACACCGACUCCCCCACAGGCGUCCGCAGCAGAUGGAAGUCCUACACAGACCAAUGGUGAAGUUACACAGCCGGCCACUACAGUGACUAGAAGAGAUGAAAACACUGAGCCCCCUGCUGGCGCUGAAACCCCACCACCUCCUGCCACAGCAAAUACAGAGCCUGUGGAGGAGGCCAAACAGGAAACGGACGACGAGAUGACGCCGCCUGCGGAGUUAGCCGCACAAUCUGUAGCCCCUACAGUUUCUGCUGAGGUGCCACCCCCAUUGAUAAAGGACCUGCAGCCUCCCUCUCCCCUCCCUGCAGCAGCGGUAUCUACUACCACUACUACUCCUGCUGAGGCAGAAAAUACAGCUGAUACUAAAGUUAGUGACACAGUAGACGCUCCUGUCGGACCUUCAGCAUCAUUGGCAGCACCAGAGGCGCCUGUCAAAAAGGAGGAACCACAGGCUGCCCCAGCUCCAGUUGAGAAGGCACCUGAAAAGGUAGAAACAAAAACAGAGAAAGUGGAGAAAUUGGAAAAAGAGGAGCAGGUGGUCAUCGCUAAGUUGGAGCCUGAUGUUGAGGUUGCUACAACAGUUCCUCCUGCUAACGAGACAAAAGCAGAAACGGCUACGAAGACAGAAACUGAAGUCUCUCUGCCUCCACCCUCUGAACCUGCUGCUCCACAGACCCAGAACGCCGCCCCGAGCUCUGAACCUGAACCUGAACCUGAACCCACACCGGCUGAAGCAGCAGAGCCUCUUCUCUCCAACGGCCUUCCUCAGGAUGCCGAGGAACUGUCUGAGGAACUGUCUCAGGAUGGGGCAUUUUCAGACACUAAGCCCCUUGACAAGCCUGAUUCAAUUCAAACUCAGGAAUCCACGCCUGUGACCAAAACGUCAAUGCCUGCCCAAGAGGAGGUGGAGGAGGAGAAAGAGGAGGAGAAAGGGAAGGAAGAAGAUGAGGAGGUGGUGGAGGAGGAGGAGGAGGAGGAGGAGGAGGAGGAGGAGGAGAAAAAGGAGGAUGCCCCUCCUGCCUCCAUUAGCUGCCCUACAGAGGAAUCUACUAUGCAAGCUGCAACGUCUGUGCCAAAGAAGAGGAAGAACAUGAAGGAGUACAACAAGAAGGAGGCCAUCGGAGACCUCCUGGAUGCCUUCACAGAGGAGCAAGAAGCCAAGCCUGCCCCUGAACCUUCGUCCACUCAGGCCGACCCUGUCCCUGUUGCUCCACCUGAACCUCCCGCUGAGGUUCCAGAUGAGACCUGGGAGGAGAAAGAGGACAAGCAGAACACAAAACCUAAAGCCACACCUGAGCCAACUGACCAGAAAUACCAGUACAAAGAAGAGCAAUGGAAGCCGAUAGAUCCAGAGGACAAGAAGCGGUACGACAGGGAGUUCCUCCUGGGCUUCCAGUUCAGCACUGCCAGUAUGCACAAACCCGAUAAUCUGCCGAUCAUCAGUGAUGUGGUCCUGGACAAGGCGAACAAGACUCCUAUGCGACCACCUGACCCAGCUCGAAUGAUGAAUGUUGGUCCUGAUUUCACUCCCUCUUAUUUGGGGAACCUUGGGAGCAGAUCGGUGGGAGGACCACGAGGACCGCCACCUGGCCCACGUCGCUCCCAGCAGGGUCAGAGGAAAGAGCCCAGGAAAAUCAUCAGCACCAUGUCGCUCGGCGGCGACGACGUGCAGCUCAACAAGGCUGAGAAGGCCUGGAAGCCCACGGCGAAGAAGUCCACUAAAGUCCGCAGUGCGGAGGAACCCGAAGACGACGAUCCUGAACAGGCCAAGACUAAAGAGCUGUUCAAGCGUCUGCGUAGUAUCCUCAACAAGCUGACCCCUCAGAAGUUCCAGGAGCUGAUGAAACAAGUGACAGACCUGCAGAUCGACACAGAGGAAAGGCUGAAGGGAGCCAUUGACCUUAUCUUUGAGAAGGCCAUCUCAGAGCCCAACUUCUCUGUGGCCUACGCCAACAUGUGCCGCUGCCUUAUGGGGUUGAAAGUCCCCACCUCAGACAAGCCAGGAGUUUUUGUGAACUUCCGCAAACUGCUGCUCAACCGCUGCCAGAAAGAGUUUGAGAAGGACCAGGAUGAUGAUGAAAUCUUCGAGAGAAAGCAAAAAGAAUUGGAGGCUGCCAAAGAAGGAGAGGAGCGUGAGCGCUUGAGGGUGGAGCUGCAGGACUCCAAAGACCAGGCCCGCCGCCGCUCACUGGGUAAUAUAAAGUUCAUCGGUGAGCUCUUCAAGCUGAAGAUGCUGACGGAGGCCAUCAUGCACGACUGUGUAGUGAAACUACUGAAGAAUCAUGAUGAAGAGUCUCUGGAGUGUCUCUGCAGGCUGCUCUCCACAAUUGGCAAAGACCUUGACUUUGAGAAGGCCAAGCCUCGAAUGGAUCAGUAUUUCAACCAGAUGGACAAGAUCAUCAAAGAGAAAAAGACCUCAUCCAGAAUCCGCUUCAUGUUACAAGACGUCAUAGACCUAAGAAAGUGUAACUGGGUGCCUCGUAGAGGAGAACAGGGUCCUAAGACAAUCGAACAGAUCCACAAGGAGGCAGAGUUGGAGGAGCACAGGGAACACAUCAAAGUCCAGCAGCAGCUUCUGUCCAGGAAAGAGGGAGGCGGAGGAGGAGGCGGAGGCGGAAGGAUGGGAGGGAACAUGGGGGGCCGUGGCUCUCACACACCAGGAGGUGGCCGGCAGAGCCAGCCUCAGGAUGAGGGAUGGAACACGGUGCCCAUCUCCAAGAACAGACCCAUCGACGCCACCCGACUCAGCAAGAUCACAAAGCCUGGUUCUCUGGACUUCAACAAUCAACUGUUGGCUCCAGGGGGAAAAGGCAUGUGGGGUAGCUGGGGCAAAGGCAGCAGUGGAGGAACUGGAGCCAAACCAGCAAGCGGAGAGCCAGACCCUGGCCGGCCAGCUACUAGCACCGUCAAUCGCUUCUCAGCCCUGCAACAGUCCGGUGCCGCGGUGGCUUCAACUGACUCUGAUCGCAAAGCUCCUCAGAGGGCAAGCUCCAGCCGUGAGCGUGGUGGCGACAGAGAAAAGGGUGAUCGCUUCGAUCGCAGCGAGGGACGGGAAGGUCGUGACGGCAGGAGCACCCCAACCCAAAUCACCAAGAGAAGCUUCAGCAGAGAGUCUCAGGAGCGCGGUGGGAGGACCGGCGACCUCCGGGCCGCAACUGAGCCUGUGCGGCGUGUGGCCAGCAUGACCGACGAUAGGGACCGAGGAAGCAGGGACCGAGGAAGCAGGGACCGAGGAAGCAGGGACCGAGGCAGCAGGGACCGAGGAAGCAGGGACAGGGCUCCGAGCAAAGAUCUCCCAGUUAAGCGUGAGAGCGCUCCAACUCCCCCACCUUCUCUUCCAAAACCUGCCUUGAGUGAAGAGGAGUUGGAGAAGAAGUCGAACGCCAUCAUUGAGGAAUACCUUCACCUUAAUGACAUGAAGGAGGCGUUGCAGUGUGUGACAGAACUCAACAGUGCCUCACUGCUCUACGUGUUUGUGCGGAACGCCGUGGAGUCGACGCUUGAGCGCAGCACCAUUGCCAGAGAGCGCGCGGGCCUGUUGCUGCACCACCUUGUCAAGGCAGGGGUGUUGCCCUCGGAGCAGUACUACAAAGGGCUAGAAGAGACCCUCGAAGCUGCAGAAGACACCGCCAUAGAUAUACCUCACAUCUGGCUCUACCUGGCUGAACUCAUCACCCCAAUGCUCCAUGAGGGAGGCAUCCCUAUGGGACAGCUCUUCAGGGAGAUCUCCAAGCCUCUCGUGCCUCUGGGGCAGGCUGGCGUGCUGCUGGUACAGAUCCUCAAGUUGCUCUGCAAAGAAAUGACCCCGAAGAAGGUCGGGGCAAUGUGGACCGAGGGAGGGCUGAACUGGGCUGAUUUCUUACCCGAGGAUGAAGACGUCAACAAGUUCGUCACUGAGCAGAAAGUGGAGUUCACCACGGGAGAGGAGUUGGAGUCAAAGGAAGUUGAUGAGAAGAAGGUCCUCACUGGAGAGGAGCUCAGCAAACAGCUGGACAGACUCAUCCAGGACAAGGCCAACAACCAGCGCAUCAGAGACUGGGCUGAGGCUAACUUGGACGAGGAGCAAAGCGCUUCCAACCAAUUCCUACGAGCAUUGAUGACAUCAGUCUGUCAGUCUGCCAUCAUAUGUGACAACCCGUACAGGGUGGAUGCACAGCAGAUAAACCAGAGGGCCAGUCUGCUGCAGAGAUACCUGUCUGACGAACAGAAAGAGCUGCAGGCCCUCUACGCCCUCCAGGCUCUGAUGGUGCACAUGGAGCAGCCAGCGAACCUGCUGCGGAUGUUCUUCGACGCCUUGUACGACGAGGACGUCAUUAAAGAGGAGGCCUUCUACAAAUGGGAAACCAGCAAAGACCCCGCAGAGCAAACAGGCAAAGGUGUGGCCUUGAAGUCAGUCACCGCCUUCUUCACCUGGCUCCGCGAGGCCGAGGAGGAGUCCGACAAGGAAUAAAAGACUGAACUGAAAGCUGCCGCCCCCCCUUUUUGCAAGGUGGGGGGCUCUGCAGGCAGCUGCAGAGUCAUGGACAAUAUUGCCAGAGAGGCAGACUCAAAUCAAUCCUCAAUGAGGAUAAAAUCUUUAUUAUCUUUUCUUUUCUUUGAGGGAUGGACUCGGAAAACAAUAAUUUCUCUCUACCCUUCCUCUCUCGCUUCCUCAGUGUUUGCCCACCUGCUUGUCACAGCAAGUGUCCUCGUCAAAUAAACUUGAAAACUGAUGCAGCAGGAUUGCUUGUCAACGAGGUGUGAAGUAUCCCACGUCACUACAAAACUCUUUUUCUCACAAUAAUACAAACCAAUAGGCUGCUUUUUUAUGGUUCUAGAUAAUUCUAAUGCCUGACAUCCUAUCUGAUCUGCGAGAGUAAAGCCCGAGGGCGCGUGGUGUAGUGGGUUCCCUGAUACGUGGGUAUCGUCAUGCCAUAAUGUGUGUUCAAUCCAAACUCGGCUCUUAUGUCUUUGUCCCUUACUGGAGUGUGCAGCAUGACUGAAGUGUGUUUCUAUUAAUGAUACAGUGGACGAAACGUCGAUAGAAAAAUAUGUACAUGAACUAAUCUUAAUUUGAUGGAUGGAGUUUUUAAAGCAAAGGGUUGUCUAUUUUCCCUUCCUGUUUCCCCGUCAUGAAUUUACUGAGGGCAGAAACAUGGAGGAUUGGUGUUGACCUUUGACCUUGACUACUAAGGGGUGGUCUUAAUGCUUCCUCUAAGCCAUCCUCUCCCAUCCCCAGUAGUGAACCUCACUGACUGACUCUUCAUCUUUACCUCUUCUAUACUUAAACCUGAGCUGUCGUAGAGGACACUUAAUGACCCAAUCACCGGUAAAACUUGAAAUCUACAGAAAAUUGACUUGAUGAAAAUAUAUAUAAAAAAAAAAAAAAAAAGUUAAAAAAAACCACACAGAAAUGAUCCGAAAGCCUUUUCUACUUUAAGUGGAAACUUAUUUCAGGAGCGUUCUGUAAAUAUAUAAUGAUAAUUAAAAAAACUUUUUUUUUUUCAGUUUUAUUUUUCAGAAACGAUAAAUUGCUGAUGUAAUUGCAGUGUAUACUUUUCCAACAGAAAACAGCAGUUGUCCAGAUGCAGAGAGGUGCUUUAGAUAAUCCAUUGAUUAUUAGUUGUGGAAUUUUGUAAAUAUUUUUUUUUUGCUUUCUUUAUUUAAGAAAUUAUUGCUUCUUUUGCAUCUGAAACUGGAAAGAUGAGGUAAUGGAGCAUUGCAAAUAAAGGACUUAUUAAGUUGC